AUUGUGUGCUGCUGUGCGAUGAGCAACAUACACACCAGCUGAACCACAGAGCAGGGGUCAGUUGAUAGUACCAAUGCAAGAAGAUGAGACCUCCACUGCUGGUGUGUCUCUUCUUAUUAAUUACUCUCUCUGCCAAUCUUGUGCGUGUCGGAUGUGGAAGUAGUCCUGGACGCUAUGGGGACUUCCUGAAUAAUAUAAAGACCAAUACUUCUGCGGUGGAACAGAAGGAUGCUGCUCUGGAAGUUAUUUCGCGCCUCAUUCCCACGCGAGCACAUGAAUUUGCAGUUGAAAUUGAUUUUUCUCUUCCUUUAAAUACAUUUAAGAUUUCGAAGCACAAUGAAGGGGAUUCGGUGAAAAUUGUAGCAUCAUCGGGAAUCACAGCUUGUCGGGGUUUCUAUCACUACCUCAAGAACUACUGUGGCUGCCAUGUGUCGUGGGAGGGGGAUCAAUUGGCUCUACCAGAAAUGCUGCCGCUGGUUGAUCUCACGAAAACAUCACCGAGUCGCUUUGUCUACUACCAGAAUGUCUGUACGUGGUCGUAUAGCUUUGCAGCAUGGACAUGGCUCGAGUGGCGGCGUCAUAUCGAUUGGAUGGCCCUAAAUGGCAUUAAUUUAUCCCUAGCCCCAGUUCAGGAAGACAUCUGGACGGAGAUUUAUCGGGAAAUGGGAUUAACUGACAAAGAUAUUGAGGAACAUUUUGCCGGUCCAGCUUUUCUUGCAUGGCAAAGGAUGGGCAACAUUAGAGGUGUUGCCGGACCAUUGCCUCAAUCUUUCAAGGAUCGCUUGGCUACACUGCAGAGCCAGGUUAUUUACGAAAUUCGUCGCUUAGGUGGAACUGUUGCACUUCCCGCUUUUGCUGGGCAUGUUCCAGUUGCGCUCCAGAGGCUCUUCCCCAAAGCCACAUUCACACCUGUUGAGCGUUGGAAUAGGUUCAGUGAUGACGAAUGCUGCCCAUUGUUCCUUGAUCCCACAGAUGAGCUCUUUCAUUCAAUUGGAACGACAUUUAUGCAGAGAAUAAUACAAAAGUACGGAUCUGAUCAUAUUUUCUUCGCAGAUCCAUUCAAUGAGAUCCAACCACAAGAAGCUGAUCCGGAUUACUUGAGAAAAGCCGUUCAGGGAAUUUUCUCAGCAAUGCAUGCAGUUGAUGAUGAUGCCGUGUGGUUGCUGCAGGGUUGGAUGUUUGUGAAGAAUCCCUUCUGGAAUGAUGAACUGUUGGAAGCUUUCCUAACUGCAAUUCCACAUGGAAGAUUUUUGGUGUUGGACUUGCAAUCAGAACAGCAUCCACAGUACGAACGAACGUACUCCUAUUACGGGCAACCAUUCAUCUGGUGCAUGUUGCACAAUUUCGGUGGAACACUCGGAAUGCAUGGUUCAGUCAACAAUGUAAAUGUUAACAUUCCCGCUGCUAGACAGCGUGUUAAUAGUACAAUGGUGGGGGUGGGAAUAACACCUGAGGGGAUCAACCAGAAUUAUGUAAUGUAUGAGUUUGCGCUGGAUAUGUCGUGGAACUAUGAAGCUGUGGAUGAGGAAGUUUGGUUCUUUCGCUAUGCUAGCUCCAGAUAUGGCUUAAUUAACUCACAAGCCAUUGAUGCAUGGCAACUGCUGAGGAAUAGUGUUUACUCCUUCAAGGGUUUAGAGAAUAUUCGUGGAAAGUACACGUAUUGUCGUAGGCCAGCCCUAACGCUAGCACCAUGGAUUUGGUACGAGAGGGCUAUGGUGGAGCGAGCAUGGGAGAAUCUAUUGAAUGCAUCUGAUGCAUUAGGAGGAUCCUCGCAGCUCUAUUUGCACGAUCUCGUUGAUGUAACAAGACAAUCACUGCAGAAUCGUGCUGAUGAGAUAUAUCUCGUCAUCAUUCAAGCCUACAACCAUCAGUUGACCUUUGAAGUUGAGCGAAUGGCGGCACAAUUUAUUGAACUCCUAGAAGACAUUGAGAGAAUCCUGCGAACAUCGCCGCACUUCCUCCUGGGACCAUGGCUGGAGAGUUUCAAAGUUAUGGGAAUAACUGAUGCUGAGAGACAUCUCUUUGAGAUGAAUGCACGCAAUCAGAUAACCCUUUGGGGAUCAAAUGGUGAAAUUGUGGACUAUGCUACAAAGCAAUGGAGUGGUAUUGUGCAGGAUUUCUUCGUGCAACGCUGGCGAGUUUUCUUCGAUGAAAUAAUCACCGCAAUGAGGGAGAAUCGAACGGUUUCUGAUAGGAAAGUACGUGAGAAGAUUUUCCGCACUGUUGAGGUUCCAUUCACAUUGGACACAAAGACAUACCCGAUGACUGCUGAAGGGGAUCCUGUAGCCAUUUCAAGGGAACUGUAUGAGAAAUGGGCUGAUUUGCGGUUGAAUGUUACGAUACCAAGACAGAAAUCAAAGAGGAGGAUGAUAUUGUAAAAGACGAUGAAAAUAAAAGAAAAAUCCCUUUUCUUACAAA